GGUUCAAAUGCCCUGCGCCCAGCGCUGCGCCCUCCGCGAGUGCGCCGUGGUGUGACGCUGCCGAGCGGGCUCGCGCGAGCGGGGGAGCCAUGGUCUAUUUCCUGCACCGGGUGCUGUGGCCGCAGGCCCCCGUCCUGCCAAACGCCCUGGAUGACGCGCGGGACCGCUGCGUGGUGCAGGAGGAAGCAUCACCCUACUCUUUGGUCAGCAUCUGCCUGGAUGUCUUGGUUGCUACAUUAGAGCAAUGGUGUUCUACAAAACCUGAUGGAACAUUGUGCCUCCCAGAGCAUUGGCAUCUCCCUCGAGAAAUAUCUGAUCAGUUCCUUGAGAGGAUGACUUGGCGAGGCAAGUUGACUGACAGGACAGCAGCCAUUUUCCAAGGCAAGCAAACGAAUCUGAAGCGGAUAAGUAUCCAGAGAGCUAAACUCUCGGCAACAGCCUUCACAAGAGCUUUCUGCCAUCACAAGCUUGUUCAAGUGAAUGCCACCUCAGUUGACUCUGAGCUUCUAGCCCCAGACAUCAUCCACGCUCUCCAAAGCAGUGCCUGGAUCCAGGAAAACCUUCAGUGCCUUCUGUUAGACUCAGCUAGUGUCCCUCAAGACUCAAGACUACUGGCCUUGGGUCAGUUCGUUGGCAUUCGCACUUUAAGCGUGGCCAACAUGUCCUUUUGGAGUGAAGAUCUAGUGAGCGUUUCUCAGUUACCAAACCUGGAAAACUUGGACAUCUCCAAUACUCUGGUCACUAAUAUCUCUGCACUCCUCACCUGUAAGGACCGACUCAGAUCUCUCACCAUGCACUAUCUGAAGUGUCUGACCAUGACCAGUCCACAGAUCCUUGCAGUCCUCAGACAGCUGAAAUGCCUGCUUCACCUUGAUAUUUCUAAUCACAAGCAUCUCAGGUCAGACCUGGCUUUUCGUCUGUUACAUCAGAAGAACAUGCUGCCCAACCUAGUAUCCCUGGAUAUUUCUGGGGGCUUUAACAUCACCGAUGAAGUUGUGGAAUCCUUUCUACAGCAGCGGCCUGACAUGCGGUUUGUGGGACUCUUGUCCACGAAUGCUGGUUAUGCUAAUUUCUUUAUCACAAAGCAAGGCUUGAAGGUUGCUGGAGGAGCCAACAUGCAUCAGCUCUGGGAAGCCCUGAGCCGGUAUGGGAACAGGUCGUGUUUUAUGAAGGAAACGCUCUGUAUGCUCUUCACAGAGACGCUCUCACUGCAUACCAUUCUGCCUGCCAUUCUAAAGCUUGUUGCUAUAGGAAUGAGGAAUCAUCCACAGGAUCUGCCAGUGCAGUUCACAGGUAGUGCUUGUAUCCUCAACCUGAUUCGGGAGAACCUGGCUAAGGGAAUGCCCGUUCGUCUGUUGUCAGAGGUCACCUGUCUACUCUUCGAAGCAACGAAGAAUUUUCCGUUCUACAAACAGUUACAGAAGAAUUGCCUUCUCUCCUUAACCAGUUCCAGGAUUCUUUGUGAAGUUCCGUUUGACAGGUUUGAUGCUGCCAAGCUUGUUAUGAGGUGGCUGUGCAAGUCUGAGAAUCCCAAGAUGCAAACAAUGGCAGUGACCAUCAUCUCCAUCCUAGCCCUGAAGCUCGUGCCUGAGCAGACUGAACAGCUUCAGGAAGAGCUUAUCAUGACAGUGAAGGAGCUUCUAACAAUAAUCAGAAAAAAGACAGCCGAGAAUUUAAAAGAUGUCACCUUCUUGUUUACUCUGAAAGCGCUUUGGAAUCUUACAGAUGAGUCUCCAUCGGCCUGCAAGUACUUUCUUGAGAAUGAAGGAUUGGCAGUCAUCAUCCAAGUCUUAGAGACGUUUUCUGAGCCUUUGAUACAAAGCACAGUACUUGGUCUUUUGAACAACGUAGCUGAAGUCAGAGAGCUCUCUCCCAAGCUGAUGACAGAAGAUGUUUUGAAACAUAUCACCAGUCUGCUCCAGAGCACCAACAUAGAAGUGAGCUACUUUGCUGCCGGCGUGAUAGCCCAUCUGACAUGUGACAGACAGCACUGGCUAUCCCGUGACCUACAGAGGAGUCAUCUUCUCCAGCACUUGCGUGUAACCCUCCAGAAUUGGCCAAGUUCACAGUGUAAGAUGUCAGCAUUGGUGACUUACAGAUCUUUCAAAGCAUUUUCUCCACUCCUUGGCAACUUCUCUCAGCCAGAAGUUCAGCACUGGGCACUAUGGGCCAUGCAUCAUGUCUGCAGUAGAAACCCUGGCAAAUACUGCAAACUGCUGGUCGAAGGAGGAGGACUGCAGCUCGUGUGUGAUAUCCAAGAGCACGGUCAGGCCAAUGCCCAGGUGAAGCAGAUGGCGGCCUCCAUCCUGAAGGACUUCCGGAUGCACUUCACAAGCUACCAGAGACUCCCCACAGCUCCAGUGCCCUCUUUGACCUAGGAGCCUUUGAGGGGUGCUGCUUAAGGACAGAGCUUCUGCCUUUGGGCUUGGUCCUACUCCUGCAGACCAGGAACAAAGACCUCAGAGAGACUUGGUAUUGGCCCAGACUUAAGAUCUUA